GAAGACCGACCAGAUCCCGCUCAUCAUUGUGUUCAUCAUGUGCUCCUCGGGCGGGGCCCUCGGCACAGUGAGUGAGUGAGUGAGUGUGUGUGUGUCUUCCCUCGGUGUGUUUAAAAGCUGCUGCACGGAGCCCCAGUGCUGCAUCCUCCUUCCUGCUGUCCGCGAGCGUGAGAGUGCGCGCGCGCCAGUGAGUCAGCUCGAGACUGUCGGGGGAGAGAAAGCGAACGAGCGAGCGAGAGAGAGAGAGAGAGAAAGAGAGAGAGCGCGAGCGGGCAAGAGGAGUGCGCGAGACGACGCUAUGAAACCGGGGAGCGCGGUGUACCUGCUGUUGCUGCUGCUGCUACUGCUGCUCUUUCCCAGCCGGAGCCUCCACUCCAGACAGAGCUAUGAGGGCUUGGAGCGGCGGCUGAAGGGCGUCUUUGCCGAGAGGACCGGGAUCCUGCGACAGCUCUCCAAGACCUCCAAGGAGCUUGAUGGUAUCAAAGGGAACCUACAGUCGCUGAAGAAUGACGAGAUGGUGGCCAAGAAGGAGGUCCAGCGCAUCCUUGAGCUGAGCCAGAAGCAGAGAGAGGAGAUGAAGUCCCUUCAGACAGCGCUGCAGAAGCAGCUGGACGAGGUGAUGGAGAGGGCUGAGAAGCAGCAGGCCACGAUUAACUUCCUGAAGACGGAGAUGGAGAGAAAGAGCAAGAUCAUCAAGGACCUGCAGCAGGAGAACAAGAGUCUGAAGAACAAGCUGCUGUCUGGAAACAAGCUGUGUGGUCUCCAUGCUGAGGAGUCCAAGAAGAUCCAGGCUCAGCUCAAGGAGCUCUGGUAUGGUAAAAAGGACUUGGUUUUCAAGGGCCAGCAACUCAUGGACCUGGAACGCAAGUUGAUGGCCUCCAAGGAGGAGCUAGAGAAGGCAGCACUGGACAAGGAGUCCCAGCUGAAGGCCCUGAAGGACACGGUGCACUUGUGUUUCUCCUCGGUGCUGCAGAACCACCCCCCCAGCACCCCCGUCCACCUGCCCAGGUUUACUGGCCUUGCCAACCAUUCCGUGGUAACCUUCCAGCAGCCCAACGCCAAGGACGUCCCGAAAAUCCUGAGGGUUGUGGGCAGUAAAGCACCGUCCACCUCGGAGGAGACUAGGAAGGACUGUCGCACAGAAAAGGUUGGUGAGACUUGUUUUCAAAAUCGCACUGAGAAAUGGUCUCCGGCGUGGCAAGAAGCCGAGGCAAGAUCGCAAACCCAGAAAUCCCAAGAAAGACCGAAAGCAGGAAAUGAUGUCAUAAAGCCUUCAGAAGAUGUCAAGGAAGCAAGAGGCGGAAACAGAGAGACAGUGCUGGGAAGUCACAACUGAAGGGCACGGCAGGACGGAAGGGCAGCGGGGGGAAGGGGGGGGAGGGCGCAUGUGGGAGGAGCAACGACUCAGCAAAGCGUUCCCCACAUGGUGCGCAUCUGUGAGCGACACCACUCUGGUUCCGUUCAGUAGGAGUGCGUGCGACUGCCCCCCCCGCCCGACCGAUCCGCUCCCUCUCCACUUGUAUCCGCGCUCACGAAACACAAGCACACACAAAGGGGUUACGCACUGAACACACAUGUCCCGGCACUCAGCUCUGGACCUCAUUGGUAGAACACAUUUAUUGCGGCGACGGCUUGUUCCGGAGCGCUGGAGCCGCAUUUUUACCGCGGUUUUGUUGUACAGUUGUCUCAGUUGGCUUCUUUAGUUGUUUCUGUUCAGUGCCGGCACAGUAUUUCAUGUUUUAUAAUGUUUCCAAACAAACUGCUUAUUUUAUAGUCCAACUUUUGGAGGAAGGUUCUUCAGACAGAGUAGGGAUGGAUCUUGGACCUUCCGCCCUUCAGCUGACACGUUAGACAUCUUUACAUUUUGAAAGACAAUUGAAGGGGAGGGGGGGGUUAACAUCAGGGUUACAAACAUCUUCGCAGGACAAAUCCUCGCGUAGUUCUGUGCUUUCAGCUGCGCGGUGGAGCCAUUCUGGCGGGCCGUAGACGGGGCUGGCCCACUUUCGACGUUUAUUUGUCCAAACGCUUCUUGCCUUUAACAAACCAAAGGUAAAGAGUGAAAAUUCACAGCGAGUCUUUUCGCGGAAACGAUGUGCCAAGCACUCGCUCUUAAACAAAUUCAGGCCACUUUCUUCUACCGUUACCUGAUCUGAUCUGUCUGUGUCCUUCCAAUAAAGGCUGAUUAUUAAUAUUGUGUCUCAUGAGCUCUUUGUAAUUUGGCUAAGAAUAAAUGGAUAACUGCAAAAAAUGGUGUCAUCUCUUAAUUACUGAUUAAGUUCACAAUUAGGCAUAAUAAUUAGAGACGGGCAAUGAGACUGAAGGGAAAUAAAUGUCGAAAGGUGGCUACAGCUCCUCAGGUGCCAGUGGAGAACAGAUGCCCCUGUGUGGACUGUUUUGGCGACCCUUAGUGACCGCUAGCACUGGCUCACUACAUUUUUUUGACGCAUGCAUCAUGCAUGCGUGUGUGUGCGCGCCAGUGGGCUGGCCCCGUCUGUCAAGUUUUGCCAUGUUUUUAUUGCAAUGCAUUGAUAUUUAAAGUGUGCUGCUGGCGGCACCUUGAUGGUGCACCCAUGUAGACGCUCGACUUGGGAAACCCUUCUUUUCCGCACGGAUUCGCCGGAGGAGUCGCCCAUCUUUUCAUCAUCUGCUGUGUGUGCUCGGGUGCCGUUGCCAUGGGAACAGCGUGGUCCCCGCCAUACUCCCACGGCACCCGGCGACAGGUGUCACCUGAGCAACUGGUGGCAUCUCUCCUUCAUGUGGAACGUAGGCUGGAGCGAGAACAGAGAAGACAGGCUGCUCCUUCCUUGACGUUACGACGGACACCGUGUGCCCCCCCCCCCCCCCCCGACGUGUGAGUGACGCCCUCCCUGUACCGAUAAUUGAACUAAAUCAAAACAAGAUUGAGGCAGAAGAGGUAACGUGGAAUCACCCGGGAAGUGAAUUGACUUUUUUUUUUCUUCAAAACCCACUGCCCCCUCCACCAUCACUACCACGCUAUACCCCCUCUCCUCGCUAUUUACUGAAGCAUAAAUGAGGGAACAGAAAUCUUUUCUGCCGCUGGAAUUGACACGGAGGAGGAUGUGACCGAAGUGAGCCGGGAGUGUUUGGGCACUGAUGCCAACUGGUCUAGGAUCUGCCUGCGUCUGGCUGGUCCCAGUAUGCAGUGAAAGGGAGAGCCCCGGGGCAUAGGGCCAAGUUGGCGAGCUGCCACUGGAGAGAAUGUGCGUGCGUGCGCGCACAUGCACACACAGAAAGACAGACCCGCACUGUAUGUAUGUAGCUGCACCUGGAGUGACAUUUAAGUCGUUUAACUGCGUAGUUUGUAGUAACUUUCAAUGUAUCGUAAGUGAACAACAUUCAUUCACGUCCUGACAAAAGGACCGGGGGUUUCCUCUCAGGUGCCCUUGAGCGCCUCCUGUCCACCACUUUAAGAGGCUGCCUUUGAGACGUGGACCAGUGUAGCCCAUGGUGACAGUGCCAGCGAUCUAUGCACUUAGUUCAGAUCCUCAGUCCAGACAUUUGUUCCAAAGUGUCUGCUUUAUUUCUCAUUGUAGUUGCUGUUGUCUUCUUUUUUUUUUUUUUUUUUUUUUUUUAAAAAAAUAACACACAAGUCUGAGCAAUAACUUGAGGACAGACAAUGUGGGGUGGCGUUUGUGUUAUUAGUGUCUGUAAUUUAUAGUAUUGUCAUCUAAGAUUAGGAAUGGUUUUGUACAUAAAUAUAAUGGAAAGAUGGACAAUCAA